CAAGCUACUCAGGUAAAGAGGCCCUUUUAUUGGGUCCUUUUAUUUCUUAUUAAUACGAAAUUAUGAGCAGAUCUGCAAAAAGAAUACAAAGAAUCAGGAUAUACCCAUGGUUUGCCGAUUAUCAAUCGCUUUGAUGUGCUUCGCCAAUGGCUUAAGGUGUGUGACAAGCAGCAUUCAUGCAUGGAGAACAGGCGUCAGAACGUGCCAAAGCGCGUUAUUGUCGUGGGAACAGAUCAUUCAGAUCAGCUGUACCUUCAGGAGUCCGCACGCAUAACACAACCAUUUGACUAUAUAACGCUAUCGCACUGCUGGGGCACACCGACCAACGAGGAGAAGGAGCGAUUUUGUACUACAUCUCAAAACUACCCGGAACGAUUAAAGGGAUUUAGUUAUCACAGCCUUCCCAAGGUUUUUCAAGACGCUAUUACAGUGACCCGAGAACUUAACAAGCAGUAUCUUUGGAUUGAUGCUCUUUGUAUUAUUCAAGGAGACGACAAUGAUUGGAAGAAGGAAGGUGCAAGAAUGGAAGAACUAUAUUCUUCUGCAUACUGUACUAUUGCGUCAAGUUCAGCAUCCGGAUGGAAUAAUGGCUUCCUCAAUCGGACUCAGGAUUUUAGUCAAUUACAGGAAGUCAGUUCCGUUCAAAAGAUCAUUGAUAACUUCCGUGAGCUUGUUGAUGAAGGCCAACUGCAUACACGGGCUUGGGUAUUGCAAGAAAGAGCACUUUCUCGCCGAACUAUCUAUUUUACUGCACAACAGACCUACUGGGAGUGUGGACAUGGCGUUCGUUGCGAGAAUUUCAGCAGAAUAAUAUGUCCUAUUACUAGAGCAUAUCUGCUUGACCCGCAUUUUCCUAAUCGCCUCUUAACUUCAGGUUGUAAAGUGACAGUAAUGUUUCUCCAAGAGCUUAUCACUGACUACUCUCGUCGUGAUAUUACCUAUCCAGAAAAAGAUAAGGUCGUUGCUUUUUCCAGCAUAGCUAAGCGUAUUGCAGAAGCUUUAUCUACUAAAGUCAGCUUCGGGAUCUUUGAUUGCAUUUUACCUCGGCUUCUCUUAUGGAAGCGGGCUGGCAAGCAUUUUGAUCCCAUUUUUGACAAGGAUAAAAGUGUGCCAUCAUGGUCUUGGAUGUUCUAUAAUGGAAAGGUUGACUUUUUGGCGUAUUCAACUAUCCGGGUUCCACAAUUUCAAAGCCUAAACUUCGACGACUCAAUGCGCAGCAUCAACAUCGAAGUUCGAGAAUUUGAGUAUCACCAUAUGUCAGGAAGGGAUAGAGAGUAUAUGAUUUACGCUGAUAUUGGGGAAAUCGGCUGCCUAUAUUUCGACACGGAUUCGGCGGCUGAGAUUGAGUCUCGGAACUGUGUUGUCAUCGCAAUGUCUCAUGACGAUAAGGAUGACCCUUACAAGCAAUACUAUAUACUUGCCGUACAAAGAAGAUCGGGAGAGGAAGAGUAUGAAAGGCUAGGAGUUGGGCAGGUGCGAGCAGGCUAUGUCUCGAAAGAAAGUACUUCUGGAAAGCUUCUAUGACCCGGCUGUUUCCUUUUUGUUCCUGUCAUUGGACAAAAGCAGCAUGAUAAUACGACGACUCUUUUUUCGCUCAAGUUGAAUGAAAUGAAGUGGGAUUUAGACGAAGCUUCCUUGUCUUUUGCAAAUAAAUAAACAAAAGGCAGGCUAUCAAAUGUAUCUCGGGUUAGAACUGUAUCUCAUUUCUGCUUGCCAUGCUGUCAUGAAGACCCCACUUGCUCUGGGGUAUAUCAACGGUUGGAGUCUCUUGUAUAUAACAAUAGGAGUAUUAUAUAAUCAAAUAAUUUCUCUUUCAGUUCGCCGUCUCUUAUAAUUCCUGUGUAGAAGAGGCCUGGGUUAUAAGGCUUAUUCGUGAUUCUUCUCUUAUUGAACUGUCUCUUUGAAUCCACUAGUCGAGGAAAACGCCCGGCUUACCCUGCUAUUUGCUACAUGGAGGCCAAUCAUGUCCCGUA